UGCCUGUUAACGUCAUGGCUGGCAAAGGAAAAGGUAAGAAAAAAGAAAAGAAAGAAAAAGAAGAAGGCGGAGACAAGAAGAAAUCUAAAAAAGGUGGAGGCAGACCCAAGAAAGGCAAAGCGAAAGGUAGAUGUAACGUAGACAUGCUCACGGAUUCGGCAAUGGACAACGUUUAUUACGCCUGUCAUAAUGUCCAAGAAUUAUUGCAGGCGAGAGGGUUUCAUCCUCCCGAUUUUAAUAAGAAGAAAAAGAAAGGAAAACGCUAGUAACACAGAUCAAAUACGUUGUUUUCAAGUUUUUUGUUCUAGUAAAAAACUAGUUUGCACUAGUUUCCAAUUUUGUUGACCUAGUUUGUUUUGGCCAGGUCGACUGCAACUCGCAGAUAGUGACGCUAUUUCGAUUCAAAUCGUUUU